AAGAAACUUGCCAUCAAUGCGCUGGAUGGGAACAUGUGUGCCAUGUGAACAGACAUGACAAAAACAGCCCUCCUUAAAUUACUUUUAGCAAUAGUGAUGACAUUCAUUUUAACUUUGCCGGACUAUUUCAAGACACCAAAAGGAAACAUUUUGGAGCUAUCAUGUCUGGAAAUGUGUUUACCACCUAAUCUUACCUAUUCAUUCUCUUCCUUAAAUUUUUCUGUUGUGACUUUUCUGCAACGAGUAAGGGAAACUCAGACUCUGAUGGAAAUUUUUCUAAAUCACUCCAACGUUCAAAACUUCACCAGGAUAUGCCAUAACAGCACAAGUGAAUUUAAAAUGUGUUUGGUUUGUGAGUCCAAAGGAAACAUGGAUUUUAUUUCUCAGGAACAAACAUCAAAAGUUCUUAUCAUGAGAGGAUCCAUGGAAGCGAAGGCAAAUUAUCUUCUUUCACCUUGUCGACAUUUUAACCUCACUGUAGCUCCUGCAGUUGACCACUUGGAGGAAUAUAACUUUACCUAUAAUCCAAAACCAGCCACUAGAAGCUCAGCAGUUAUGGAGGAAGAGCCAACCAAGGAAAAGUCUAUGAACCAUACUUGUGGAAUUAUGAAUUACUCAAAUAAUUGUGUAUAUGUUUCUUUGCACGUAGAAAUGGAUGCAAAAAAUUUCUUUUGUCCCAUGAAGAUCACUUGGUAUGUGUUAGUAAUAUUAGUUUUUAUACUUGUAUUUUUGCUCACUCUCAUUGAAGUCCAUCGGCAAGGGCAGAAGUGGCAGAGUCAUAAAUACAGACCUUCAUCUGUUCCCUUAAGAAGUGAUUCUGAGAAACCCCGAGCAAUGGAAAUGCGAGUAAUUUCAGUUAGCAGGCACCCACCUGCACUAGCUUUGCUGAAGUCACAAGGAAAUGAUCUCAGUAGUUCAGGGGCCAGUAACCACUGCCGACCUUUUACAGGAAACCUGUGGGGUGAGGGCGGGGCCCUGCCAGGAUAGGCUGCUAGGCUGCUUGGCUGCUGUAGCCUACGGGCCACGAAGCCACACAGGUGCCUCCUCAGGGACCAAGCAGAGGCUGCCCUCCACUCAGGUCAAGGUGCUGCUUUCUCCAAUACCAGAGCUAGACGUUCCUUCCACAACCCAUCAGCAUGAGUAGUA